UACGUUAAUUGUACAUACUUUUUAAUCCGCCAGGCAGUACCUCCCUGUCUCUCAGAGGACAACAUUCUUCAACAAAAAGCUUGGGUACAGAGCACAUCAAAUAUCUUACGAUAAAUUGGACUUGCAGUAGUCGAUACACACGAGGAUCCAGAGUGUCGCCGACCUCCAUCUUGUCACGUUAAAUUACUAACAGUCAUGGCUUCAAAAUCCGGCCAAUCAAUUAUCAAAGCACAGUAUCAUUUUAGACCAAAAGGACAGCAAAAGUGUGAGGUCCACAAACAAAAUGAUGUCGUAUUUUUAUGUCAGGAAUGUAAAAUGUUAAUCUGUACAAAGUGUUCUAUUACCCUCCACAAACAACACAUUGACAGUUUUCUGGAGAUAUCUGACAUCAAAACACGACACAAUCUAAUACUCCAGGACUUUUUCAAUGAGACAGAAAAUGUAAAUUUUCCAAAACUAAACCAAGAAAUCAUUUCAUCUCGAACAAAACUGACUUCAAGUAAACCUUUGUACGAUAAACUUCGCAAAAAUAUCAUCGACAAUACUAAAAAAUGUAAGUUAGAGUUAGACAAAAUCACUGAGGAUUAUAUCGCACUUUGUGACAAGAUGGAGGUGGCGGCCAUGGACCUAAUACAGACCCACAUCACAGACCUGGAGAGUAGACUGAAAACUUUGAGGGAACUCUCAUCAGAGUAUAAACAGACUCUCCAGACAGGAACCGGUGUACUCGUGUACGACUCGGUAACAGAAAUCCGGGAAAUGGAUCAAGACAUCCCACCAACACCUAACAUAGACAUGGCACAGUUUACUCCGGGUAUAGACAGACUAAGUCACCUAAAACAGGCACUCGGGAACCUCAAACUUCCUACUGACCAUCUCCAGGCAGGAUCGGCAACUAGUGGUCACUCCGACCAACGUCCAGUAGUCCGACCAAAACAGUCUACAGAGACUGGUCAAGCGUCCACUGGAGAGGUCCGGUACAAACUUCGUGACCGUCCAACCGUCAUGUCCCAGUUCCCAUACCCGUAUGUCAUCACAUCGAUCUGUCCUACAUCUGAUGGACGUGCGUGGCUGUGUGACUGGACCGACACAGUAAAUCUCAUCGACAACCAAGGUCAGGUCAUACAGACGAUACAACACAGCAGUAACAUACAGGACAUCAGUGUGGACCCCACCACAGGUCGUCUGUGGUUCUGUUGUUUUACUGAUAACACUAUCUGUGAAGUAUCUACACCAUCUACACCAGUCACAAGAUUCACUACAGAGGAUGUCCCAGUCCGUCUGUGUGUGACCAGCGAGGGUCGGGUAGUGGUGGGUACACGGGGUAGACAGGGGUACAAGGUGGGGGUGUAUACAGUGGACGGUCAGGUGUUACAUACACACACUGUGGAGGGGGUAGUACGGUCAAUAUCACAAUGUGAUGUUACAGGUAAUAUAGCUGUAGUAGUGGGUUAUAAACGUAAGUGA